CCGACAUAGGAGCCCACUUUGUCUCAUCACCGUUCAGAAAGUGUCCGAUCUUGUUGAAAUUGAAAAUCAACAAUUACAGCCGAUGUAACGCCACACAAUCACAGACAGAGAUGGAUUCCCCUGAACAUGAGAAGAAGGCGGACGUCCGCCGUCCAAUGAAUGCGUUCCUCAUCUUCUGCAAGCGACACCGUAGCAUGGUACGCGAGAAGAACCCGGACUUGGACAACCGUAGUGUUACAAGGAUUCUGGGAGAUCUGUGGGCUAAUCUUGGCGACACGGAGAAGUCGGUGUACACAAGUUUGGCCAAACAGUACAAGGAUGCGUUUAUGAAGGCGAACCCAGACUACAAGUGGCACAACCCCGACAAGACCCAUCAGACCCCCACCAAGAUGACCACCCGUCCAACUAACGCCCGAGUGGUCAAAUCGGUCCAAGAGAUACACCUGCAUGGUUCCAUUAUGCCUGGUAAAUUGGCAGAUCCGUCCAAGAUGGGAGGUUUAAGUCUGCUCCUGAUGGCAGGGCAACAGUCUAUGACACCUCGGCAGACGGGCGAGGCCGAACGCAGAGUUACCUCCCCUGACAGCAAGUGCCCUUCAAAAUCAGCUCUGUUGGAGCUGGCUGAGAUGUGUGCAAAUGAACUGCAACAAGGGGAGGUAACUGUUCCUCAUGCCAAGAAGCUGAUCACUAAAACAGAAAGUGGGAAGAAGGUGAGAGUUGUACACAAGAAGCAGGCCUUGGGUGGUGAGGGUGAACUUACCUCAGGGAAAAGUAGAAGUAAAUCAGAGUCCGAUUCCAAUACAGAAGCUGCUGGGAGUUUAGGGUUGCCAUGGAAAUCGGAACAGUCGUUGUCGGACAUCUUGAAAAUACUACAGUCGAUGAAAGAUCAUGAAAUGAAAAAGAAAGCUUGCAAGGAAGUUACCGGAAGUGAGUUUGUGAAACAGGAACCCGAGAAUUCUGGGAAGGUUGAUGCCUGUGGUGUAGCAGAUAAACCUUUGCCAGUGGAAGCAGUUGAAACAAGAAUACCAGAACGUCCGGGUCAAAGGGCCAGAAGCUGGUCGGAGUCAGCCAAGGAUCAAGAUGUCUUCGUUGCAGGGAUGGGUGACCACUCAAGUUAUACAAGCGUCAGGUCCAAAGACGACACUCCAGAGAGACGAAAGUCUCAGGCAGAGACACUUGCAGGUUGUCUGUCCGAUCAAAACGAUAAUGACAUUGUGUCAUGUGGUAAGCUGGUUGUUGAUCAUAUUUUUGAUCGACUCUCGUCCACUGAGUUGUCACGAUCGGCAGUUAAAUUAAAAGGUUUGACAUCACUUGACGAAGUACGGAAGGUACUUCUAGGUGCGGAAUUUGGCGAGUCCAAAUUACCUGCAGAGGAGGAAAACCCUGACAAGAAGGUAGCCCAGUCGAGAAUUGAUCGCCUUGUGACAGAAGCGUAUCCCAAAGAGAAAUGUGCUACAGAAACCAAAGAAAAAGAAGAAGUAAAAAAAGAGUACUCACCAAUUCUACGCGUUCCUGAUUUUAAAAGUUUCCUAGAAACUGAAGCAAAUCAGAAACGAAGUUCAUCUGAUGCGGUAGUGUCUGAUGUAGUCCGGACAAAGAAGCGCAUGAUGACAUUGCCGCUGGAAGAAGUGAAACCGGAGCCCAUUGAAGACGUAAGGGGGACAACUCCAGAGUCAAGGGCAGACAAGUCAGAUCAAGAUUGUUACGGUGGGCUUGAUGAGGACGGCAAGGAUCGAGAGGAUGGCAACUACCAGCCGGUGCGUAAGUCUCGGCGACGGAACCGGGGACAAAGAUAUCUGGAGCUGAUCAAUGAGGGUAUAAUACAACCUUCAAAGGAAAGGCUGGCGGCCAGACUUGCAGAGCAGACGUCAACUGACGAUGAAACAAUGUGGCUGUACGAAGACUUCUCCCUGGAAGAUGAGGUUCAGGAGGUACGGAGGCCAGCCACCAAACGUUGCAGCUCUGACUCGGAUGCCAACCUUGAGGAAAAGAAAUACAAGACUGGGGAUUUUGACCUUGAAGCCCAGAUAGCGACCUUGCCAGCCUGUAGCCUUGACCCUGUGUCACGUGGCAGUCGUCAGAAAAACACCCCGACCAAGAUCCGGCACCACAGCGAAGGCUCUACCAAGAAGGCCACCAUCGUGUCCUCCCCCACUACAGCAAUAAGUGAUGUGACAACCCUGACUCUCCCACCUCACCUCAAGAUGCAGCAGGUACCUGUUCAGGCCGUCCCCGUCAGUGGCAGUCGCAAGCGGAAGGCGAGGAAACACUCCAUCAAUCAUCUACUUCCUGCCAGCGCAAGUAGUGAAACCCAAGGCCAAAGUGUACCACCUGGUGAAAACUUCACAACAAAUACUACACUUAUCAAAGAUGAAGAAGGUGAAAGGUCAGUAGAUUCUAGCCAAUCAGUGGACAGGGAUGAUGGAUCUCAGGGAGAAAGGGGUCAUGUGUCACAUGACUCAACUGACCAAUCAGAUCCAAGUUUGGAACCUCAGAUAAAGGAAGUGGAGCAAGGUGAAGAGGAAGUCAAGAAAGAUGCCAGUGGUUGUGAAACUAGCCAAUCAGCAGGUAGCUCUUGUGCUCAGCCAGCUGAAUCUGACCAAUCAGAUACCUCGAGACACAGCCAGGAAAAAGGUUGUGACAAGAAUGCAAACAUCAGUAUGAAUGAAUCCGAUGUUUUGGAUUUUCGGACUUCUGAAAAUGUUCCUGGUGUUGGAAGCACGGAGGUCUGUAGUGAGUCGUCAGCAACAAUGAAGUCACAAACACGUGAUACUUGUGCCAUUCAAAGCAAUACUAGCGGUAAGCUGAUGCAAUCUGUAGGAGAGGAAAAUCUCGGUGACUCAGUUACUACGCAAGAUACGGAGGGACCUAUUCGAAAUUCUGAGAGUGUUGACUCCGAAUCUAUAUGCCCAGACAAAGUGCUUGAUUCCUCAGUCCAGUCAAAAGCAACAGGAAUUCAUUCUCAGGAAGACGAGGAGUGGAGUGAUCGUGUGGCGUCGGUAGAGGCCCUGACUGAUGGGUCUGUCUGUGAGGGUUCCAGUGAUGUUGAUAAGCCAUCGCCCAGUGCCACAACUCUGGUCUCAACAUUUCAUUCAAACACACAGAAUCCUUUGCCACAAGAAUCAGAUAUUAUUAGGUCGGACUCCUACUCUACUCCGUCAUCUUCGGUCAACAUCGUUACUUUCUCGUCUGCCCCUGCGCCCUCUACAGUUGACCUUGUGACCUUGUCGACGUCUGCAGUUACCCAAGGUGUCAAUUUGGAAGUCCUGACCGAGCGUCCGGAGGACAGCCCAACGAGCAGCAUCGCGCAGUCUCCGCUAGCUGCCGGGUCCCCGUCUGUUGGCGUUGUACAUUCUUAAAAGUUGUUUUCAGUCAUAAUUCAUUCAUAGAUGUGGACUGUUUUAUGUAUGUGCAGUCAUCCUCAGAUGGUAGAUGCCUGUUAAAUGUCGCCUUGCUCCAGUAAUCUUUGGAGCCACGCAGAUGUUGCAGUUCGAGCCGGCUGUAGACAUCUGGAGUAAAUUAUAAGGGUGCUGCACAUAUUUCUAUAGGUAGACGUGCACCUCAGUCUGUUGACCAGCUUUAAUCACCACAUACCCACACGCAGAAGACUAUUUGCAUCAGUUUCCGAUCUUGAGAUCAUAAUUGUAUUUUAUAAUGUUUGAUUACUAUAUGACAUUAUGAUUUAAAUGAACUUUUUAUUGGUAGAAGAAAUUGACCACGCAAGGUUACAGUUUUAGCUAUCUGGGUGUUUUGGUGUAGCAGCUUGGAUUUUUACACUCAGAAUAGAAAAAUUUGUUGACAUUACAAUUUCGUGGAUGAGGUUAUUUUUUUACGCGAUUAUACAGAUGUUAAUAGUAAAUGAAGCUGUAGGAUAUCUGCAAUAUCAGAUGUAUUUUUUAACUGUGAAUCACACAUGCCAUGAUUUGGUCAGACCAAUGUUAUGGCGUGUCGGUAAAUGAAUCUUCUUAAGUAAACUCUUGCCUUGGGAAGAUGGUUUCCAGAUGAGAUGAACAAGUUAUUUGACAAGAAAAAUGGAACUGUUGAUUAAUGAUGUAUUUUCUGACACAAAAUAGUCACUGAGAUGGCCUGAAAGUUUUUCAGCACUCACCCGAGUAUAAUGUCAGUCUUGUUUUUAGCUUGCAUUUCAAACAAAUAAAGUCUGGUCAUUUUAUUCAAGAUAUAUUUUAGGAAAUUCACCUUUUACUGACCCAGUUUGCAUAUUGAGUAGAUAAUGUGUCAAACAAAAUACGGUUUGUCAGGCUUUAAAGUAGCAUAUAACUGACUGAUCUGUAACGGUAUUCACAUGUUUGUAAAAAAAGUAGCCGCAGUUCGCGCAUGUGUCGAUGUUCCUUCAUUUCUGUCAGCAAAAUAUGCAAAUAUAUGCGUCAGUUAUUUAUCGAUAGUUUGACGUGGGUCGUCACCAUUGUUAAACUUUGCACAUUUGUUGAAAUGAGAAAAUAUUGAUGAUAUAUUUGAAGUUUAUUGUGAAGGGCAAUUGUGAUAAAACCAGUUUCUACUGAUGAUUUGUUGCCUUGUGCUGUGGUGUAGCCUUAAGAGUUGUCUCCCCUGUUAUGUCGGUAUUAACACAUUGACGACAUAGGCAUUUCCGUGAUAUAGGGCACUUAUUGUUACCAUUUAAGUACAUUUAUGAUGUACUCAAUUUCAUAAUUGUAUAGCUGUCCCCAAAAAUGCUUACUAUGGUGAAUAGGGUAUUGAAUUUACCAUACACAUUAAGCACCCACAACUUGAACACAAACUGUCACGUGUCUUUGGCAAGGUAGCAUAUUGAGAUUUCCUUCCCUUUUUAUCAUUUUUAUUUUGUAAUGCAGUAUUCAGAAGCUUGAAAUAAGAUUAGCUGGAUUAGGGAGAUUUUCACCGGGCCUCCCAUGGGCCCAUAGAUCUAAUGUAUGCAGUCACUCCAUUUAUUUCUUCAUCACAAACAUGGCGUAUCUCGUGCAAAUGAUGAAACAUCAGUUUCUAUCAUACGACUUUUGAAUCUCAAUCUUGCCAGUGCUUUCCAUGAUGAGAUAGCUGCAAUAAUAGCAGUGUAAGAAAUAAGGCCCGUCCGACUGCCCGAGACGGUCUAGAUUUCUGACGGACGGUCUAAA